GGGCCAGCGCGGCGCCGGGACCGCGCACCCCCCGGCCCGAGUCCCUGCUAUGGCCGCGGCCACCAUCGUGCACGACACGUCUGAGGCGGUGGAGCUGUGCCCGGCGCACGGCCUGUACCUGAAGCCCAUCACCAAGAUGACCAUCAGCGUGGCGCUGCCGCAGCUGAAGCAGCCGGGCAAGUCCAUCUCCAACUGGGAGGUGAUGGAGCGCCUGAAGGGCAUGGUGCCCAGCCACCAGUUCUCCACGCUGCGCAUCUCCAAGAGCACCAUGGACUUCAUCCGCUUCGAGGGCGAGGUGGAGAACCGCAGCCUGGUCAAGUCCUUCCUGGCCUGCCUGGACGGCAAGACCAUCAAGCUCAGCGGCUUCUCCGACAUCCUCAAGGUGCGCGCGGCCGAGUUCAAGAUCGACUUCCCCACGCGGCACGACUGGGACUCGUUCUUCCGCGACGCCGAGGACAUGAACGAGACGCUGCCCGGGGAGCGGCCGGACACGGUGCACCUGGCCGGGCUGCCCUGCAAGUGGUUCGCGCCGCGCGGCUCGGGCUCGGAGAAGCCGAGCGAGGAGGUGCUGGUGCGCGUGUUCGAGCGCUUCGGCGAGAUCCGCAACGUGGACAUCCCCAUGCUGGACCCCUACCGCGAGGAGAUGACGGGCCGCAACUUCCACACCUUCAGCUUCGGGGGGCACCUCAACUUCGAGGCCUACGUGCAGUACCGCGAGUACGCGGGCUUCAUCCAGGCCAUGAGCGCGCUGCGCGGCAUGAAGCUCAUGUUCAAGGGAGAGGACGGCAAGGCCGUGGCCUGCAACAUCAAGGUGUCCUUCGACUCCACCAAACACCUGAGCGACGCGUCCAUCCGGAAGCGGCAGCUGGAGCGGCAGAAGCUGCAGGAGCUGGAGCAGCAGCGCGAGGAGCAGAAGCGGCGCGAGAAGGAGGCGGAGGAGCGGCAGCGCGCGGAGGAGAGGAAGCAGAAGGAGCUGGAGCAGCAGGAGCGGGAGCGCCGGCGCGAGGAGAAGCUGCGCCGGCGCGAGCAGAAGCAGCGGGACCGCGCGCUGCGCCGCAGCCAGAAGAAGCUGGAGAAGCUGCAGGCGCAGGAGCAGAAGCAGCUGCAGGAGAAGAUCCGGCUGGAGGAGCGCAAGCUGCUGCUGGCGCAGCGCAACCUGCAGUCCCUCCGCCUGGUGGCCGAGCUGCUGAGCAGGGCCAAGGCCGCCAAGCUGCAGGAGCAGGAGCAGAAGGAGGCGCGCCAGCGGCUGCAGCAGCGCGAGGAGCGGCGGCGCCUGCAGGAGGCCGAGCUGCGGCGCGUGGAGGAGGAGAAGCAGCGCGCGCUGGGGCUGCAGCGCAAGGAGCGCGAGCUGCGCCGCCGCCUGCUGAGCAUCCUGCUGAGCAAGCGGCCCGACGACCCGCGCGCGCCCGCCGAGCUGGGCGCGGCGCACGCGGACCUGCUGCAGCCGGUGCUGGACAUCCUGCAGACCGUGUCGGCCUCGCUGCCCGCCCUGGCGGGGCCCGCGCCGGGCGCCCCCGCGGAGGCCGCGGCGCGCGCCGACCCCGCGCAGCACGGCGUGAACGGCGGCCUGGCCGAGGACACCCCGGGCCCCGAGGCGCGGCCCGCGCGCCCGGCCUCGCCCGCCGGCGGCUCCCCGGCCGAGAAGCGCUGCCCGGGCGUGCUGGCCUGCAUCCCCGACAACGCGCAGCAGCCCAAGGGCGCCGCCUGCGAGCCCGCCGCGCCGCCGCGCAAGGACGCGCGCUCCGAGCAAGACAAGUGCAACCGCGAGCCCAGCCGGGGCCGGGGCCGCGCCAGCGGGGACCGCGCCGACCAGGACCGCGAGCGCGAGCCGGAGCGGGCCGCGCGCGAGCGCAGCCGGGCGCGCCGCGCGGGCAGCCGCGAGGACGGGCGCGCCCCGCGCAAGGAGCGGCGGGCGCACAAGAAGCGCGCGCGCGCGGACGACAGCCCCCGGCGGCGCAGCGCCAGCCCCGAGCGCGCCCGCGCGCGCGGCUCCCGCAGCCGGGACCGGCACGGCCGGAGGGAGCGCAGCCGGGAGCGCCGCGCGGGCUGCCGCCAGCGCAGCCGCCACCGCCGCGGGGAGCGCUCCCGCUCGGGCUCGGCCGGCCGGCACCGCAGCGCCUGGAACAGGUAA